AUGAAUCACGAGGAAUUUCACCAGCAAAUAGAAGGUAAAUUAAGAGAUCAAAUCGAAGAAGAAGAGGAAGGUGGAUUAGACAAGGUGGGAGGAGAAGACACAAGAAAACAAGAUGACAUGACGAGACCGAUAGGUAACUCAAAAGAACAGCAGACAACAGACAGCCAACCAACAACCGUAAACACACAAGCUUCGAGUAAUCAAGAGGAACCAACGAGCCAAGUAAUGACAAGGCAAGGUAAGAAGAGGAUCGAAAAAGGGGAAGAAGCAAUAGGAGUGAUAAAGAUCAAGAGAGGGGGUAAGAAAGGUGGUGGUACAGGAAGCGGUAGUAAAGAAGCAGAAGCAGAGUUGAAGAGGAGAGAAGAGGAAGAGAAGCUAGAGAGAGAGAGAGUAGAAGAGGAGCAAGAACAAGAAAGGAAGAGAAGGGAAGAGGAGAGGGUACAGGAGUUAGUGCGGCAAGAGUUAGGAAGAAGAGAUAGAGAAAAGAAACAAGAAGAGGAACGGAGAUUCAGAGAAAAAGACAGGCGGAGAGAAGAGAGAAGGUUGGAAGAGGAAGACCGGAGAGAGGAGCGUGAAGAAAGAGAGCGGCAGUUAGCAGAAGCGAGAGCAGGAAAGAAGAGAGUGGCUGGUAUAAUACUCAGUGAUACUGACGAAGAAGGAGAUAGACAGCGCAAGGCGCACGUACACGACGCGAAGUCACAAGCUGUGGAGAGGAUGAGGAAACGGCUAGAAGAAGAGCUGGACGCAGCUUAUGAAGCGAGGAACCGUGAAUUAUAUGACGAGUUGGUAGAAGAGAAGAGGAAGUGGGAACUGUUCCAAGCAGGAGAAAGAGGAGAGAAGGAGUCGACUAAGUCAGGCCUGAAAGAAAAAGACGGGGAGAUGGCGGAUAUAGGGUUGAGAGACGAGAAGGUAGAGAAGAGAGCGAUAAGAGAAACAGCCAAGAAGGGAGAAGAGAUGAUGUUGGAUAACCCGUAUGCCAGAGAUGGAACGAAGAGAUUCAUAGAUCCAUUUGAUGGGAGCAACUGGGCGGGACGUCAAGGAGCGUGGGAUGACCCCAGAGCGACCGACAACAAAACCGAUUUCUACAAAUCAAGUCAGUCAGUUUCAGGGGAAGAAGUUUCGGAGGUUUCGGGAACCAAGGAGGAGGACGAGGUUUUGGUGGAAGAGGAAAUUUUGGAUUCUAUGGAGGAGGUUUCAAUGGCCUAG